AUGGGCAAGAAAGACUACAAAGGAACCAUCCUUGAUGGGAGAGACUCCUUUGACAGCUGGAAGAUGGAUCUUGAAGAUAGUUUGUUGAGUGAUGAUCUUAUGAGCUACGUCACCGGUGAGGCAACACCGGAAUCGUCAGGCUUAUCAACUCCAGGAGAAAAGAGCGCCGCAGACAUCAAAAAUAUCUCUCUUGCGAGAAUGAAGAUACGACAGAGCAUCGACCAGAUCCACAAGAACUCAGUUAAUCACCUCAUCGAUCCACGAGCGAUUUACCAGUCCCUCGUAAAUCGAUACGCUGCAUCAAACAAAGCACGCCUUCGACAGCUCAUCCGGAUGAUGUACGACGUUAGUACGCAGACUAAUAGAACUGUGCAGGAGAAGGUUGACGACCUGAAGCGUCUCCGAGCUCAGAUCAAUAGCCAAGACAAAGAUAUCGUUAUCCAUGAGCAGCUCUUGAUUUGCUUCCUGCAAAUGAGUAUGGACGAUGCCUUCGACACGACAAUUGAGAUCCUGAAUGCAUCAACAGAUACCCUGACAAUGGAAAAGGUGCAGAGUGCUCUGGAGAGCAAGGAGUUGGAACUUGUCGAUGUAACAAUCAAGGGAGAAACUGCACAGUUUGCGGGCCGCCGCCGGAGUGCACGGAACAGGAAAGACAAGGGUACUAAUAGGUCCAAGACGCUGGAUAGUGGCGGUGAUACCAAGGAGGAGUAUCUGAAGGAGGCAGGGGGGUGCUGGUGUUGUGGCGGCAUGCAUUUCAAGCACGAUUGUGCAGUCUGGCACCAAACAAAAGCAGGGAAGACUUGGCUAGCUUCUGAAAAAGCGAAGGCGAAAGUGGCUCCGGAAAAGCAAGGAGAAGGUAAACGCGGCUAG